UUCGGACUAAGAGAACGCAUAGACCGAUGAGCCAGGGUCCAGCGAGUGACCGCGGGUCUGGGUCGCAUGAAUAAUGUUCCGUUUGGCAUCUUUUCCUUUAAAGUUUAUUAAAUUUCAAGCAAGGGAGGCUUCAGGGGAAAUCGAGUUGGUGCCUGGUCAUGAGCUGAGUCCCCCAGAGCGCAAGCACAGGGGUGUGUGCACGCGUGUGUAUGCGUGUGCAGGGUGGCCACUCGUGCGUGCACAAUCGUCACCGCCAGGACCAGUGUAGGGCUCAACCCGACCUCCGACCCGCGGGCCGGCCACUCGCCGUGUGUACCCACGCGCGACUCCGCGGGACGGCGGCGCACGUGCGUCCCGAGCCAUCGCCGGACGCAGCGCCGGGGACUUCGGGCCGCAGGGUCGCUCGAGCGCCGGAAGAGCUCCGCCCGGGCCCACAGCGCGCCGCAGGGGAAUCUGCGGGAGCCUCAGCCAGCAGGACGAGCAUGGUCCCUCUCCUGGAGGUCGCCGGCACCCGGGCGACAGCGGGGGCGCUCUGGAAAGCAGCGGCGCGAGCCCAGGGUCGCCCCUGCAGGCCGGGCCCGGUCCUGGCGGCGCGGCUCUCAGGCCCUGAGCGACCCCCCGCCUCGCAGAGCCGAGUGCUGGGGGUGCAGGAGCCCGGCGGAGGGAAGAGGAACCGCGGCGCCCCCGACCUCGCGCGUCUGCAGCUUCGGGAAGUGUCUGUCCUUACUCCCGAGCAGUCUCUCGCCGGCCGAGCUCGGUGUCCGGCAGCCGGGGCCCGCGGUUCGCGGGGAGCAAGCCCGAGCGGCGUGAAGGUUCAUCCAGACAGCGAGGCGCGCGCGCAGCCCCGAGCGUGCGGCUGCUCCACCGCCGCGGGCUGCGAGCCCCGCGCGCCCUCUGUCCGAGCGGACGCCAAAUUCACUGAGUUCCCGCGGAACGUGACGGCCACCGAGGGGCAGAACGUGGAGAUGUCCUGCGCCUUUCAGAGCGGCUCGGCCUCGGUCUACCUGGAGAUUCAGUGGUGGUUCCUGCGGGGUCCCGGGGACGCGGCGCCUGAGGGCGGCCCGCAGGCGGAGCUCCUGCCCGACCGCGAUCCGGACCUGGACGGAACCAAGAUCAGUACAGUGAAAGUCCAGGGCAAUGACAUUUCCCACAAGCUUCAGAUCUCCAAAGUGAGGAAAAAGGAUGAGGGUCUCUACGAGUGCAGGGUGACAGACGCCAAUUACGGGGAGCUGCAGGAGCACAAGGCCCAGGCCUACCUGAAGGUCAACGCCAACAGCCACGCCCGGAGGAUGCAAGCCUUCGAAGCCUCUCCCAUGUGGCUGCAGGACGCCAAACCUCGCAAGAACGUGUCAGCUGCCCUCCCCAACCUGGUCCACAGCUCCACCAACCAGCGAACGCAUUCCACCUCCAGCCCGCAGGCCGAGGCCAGGAUCCCCAAGCAAAGUCCACAAUCAGGGCAAAAAGAGCAUGGUACUGCUCACAUCACAGCAGCUGGGAAGCAGAGAGAGAAAGGAGGAGCUGAGAACAUGAACACACCUUCCCAAUCCCACCUCCAGCCACGCCCUGCCUUCUACAGCAUGGUCAGCCCUGAACCCACCAUGAAGAAUCCACGAAUGAAUAUGGUGUCCCAUGACCUGUCACCUUCUAACAACAGGAGACUUUCACGGGACACGUUAGAUCUAACCAGAACAGGUUACUUAUAUUAAAUCUCACUGUUAGUAUCAGUUUUGGUUUUAUUGAAUUUACAAGUUUUUCAUUCCCAAUCUGGCCAGCAUGACCCUCUACUUGUGCCCGAGGGACAGAAUGGUUGGACUAGUGUCACUGCUGAUGUGAGACAGCAUGAACGAUUAGCAAAUUCUUCUAUGAAAAUCUGACCUUCAGCAGUAUUUCCAGAUCUGAUACCUUGGAGGUGCCAUAAAGGUAUAAUAAUGUCAACUAGUCCCUGGGCAACACUGCUAACUAACUCCUUAAUUGUGAAAAAGGACCUUGACCCGGAGAACUGCGUGUGCAUGGGCACCGGGCAUUCAGCCUCCCUGAGUGUGAUGAUGCACACAUGGGCACAUUCCCUGCAGAGAUACCAGCUUUACAGAUCCACACGUUUUGUUUCUAUUUUCAGCUUCACUCCUCCACCUCACAGAUUUUUGUUUCUGUGGCUAUGGAUCGAAUACGGGAGAAUUUUAAUGUUUUACUGAAAGUUUUACACAGUGAACAUCCUCACUGAUCACCUAGCAAUUUGAGAUCCAGUACAUGAAAGAUACAGUACUGUUUCCCCUUUCCAUCUUGCUUACACCACAAGCAAACUCAAGAACCCCCUCCAUCCGACACCUAAACCACACAUCCUAACUGAUGUCCCUCGAGCCACUUUGCAUAUUAACAGGCUAUCAACGAAUAUCCUUUUAUAUGUGACACUUGAAAUUUUCUGGCUAAGAAGUCAAAAGUUUAUCAAAAUGUGUUGUGCAUCUUCAUAUUCUUUUCUGCUUUUUCUGCCAUGUUACCAGAAAUCCAGAUGCUGUGCAGCUGUUUGUUAGUCUUCUCUACAACAUGGUAACUCUGGCAAAGGUAGGUCCUGCAUCAUUUACUGACUCUGCCUUCAUGCUCAGUAAGUGACUUAUAUCUGACCAAUAACAAUCACCGCCUCAGGCAGUAAUGUCUAACGGGAGCAGCCAUCAAUUCUUUCUCUUCUGGUGCAAGAGGUCUCUCAUUCCAACAUGAAACAGAAUCCAUUUCCUAACUCUAGAAUCUGUGGGUUUACCUUUUAGAAAACUGGAAGCCAUGUUCUGGGACUUGCAAACCUAUGCCCUGAAGCAGUGGUUACUUCAGCUUUGUUCUCUCAAAGCUCAGCCACUUAGCAUAAGGAAGCCCAGGAUGGAAUGCUCAUGACUGGGAGGACAUAGAGAGGAGCCUGAAGAAUGAAGGUCACCUUGAACAACCUUGCUUCCUACUGAAUGCAUCUGCAAAACAUUGUCCAGCAAGCUCCUCAGAACUGUGCGGCUGAGCCCAGCCAACCCUUAGGCCACCAAAUUUGUGACAGUUUGUUACACAACAAUGAGUAAUGGAGAUACUUAGCUAAAGAUCAAUCAGUAACCCAUGCACAGUGGAGAGAGACAAAGGAGGAGCAUAGACAAGUCUCUUAAAGCUGUAGCAGCAUUUUAAAGAGAAAGUUCCAAAAAGGACAACCACCUCUAAGUUGACACAACUAAAAUUUAAAAUAUUAUUCUAAGCAACUUUUGAUCUUGUAAAAAUGUAUCCUAAGACAGAUACAUUGCUAUUUGGUGACUGGUUUGUUUGGAUUCAAAAGUGUAUGGAUAAUUGUCCUGACUGGGUCAAGGAGUGUUAGAAAGGGGCCAGGGACUUGAGGCUGGUUUUCAUAUGAUUCAAAAGUGUAUGGAUAAUUGUCCUGACUGGGUCACGGAGUGUUAGAAAGGGGCCAGGGACUUGAGGCUGGCUUUCAUAGGCGCCACAGCUCGGUUUUAUGCAGCAACAUUUCUUAAGUAGAAGAAAAUAUGCUGCCUUCUUUUCACAUUCAAAUGAAUUCGGUUUCUUACCCACAGGACUUUAAAUCCAGCAUUUAAAAUAAAACAAAUGAUUCCACUGCAGAACUGUGGCCCAAUAAGGACUUCAGCAGUAAACACCCUGAAGACAGAAACUUACCACGCUUCUGACGUUUCAUAAAUUCUGACUCUAAGUUGUAGAGAAAAUGGAACAAAUUGUAAAUUGCUAACCUAUUUUAUUACAAACAUAAAAUAACACAUUUCCCAUUACAGCACAGUAACUUUUAUUUUAUGAAUGUCCACAUCAAGGCAAUAAAGCCAUUUCCAUGCAGUCCAGCAGAAUUUUCCAACAGACGGGUUAGGAAGGAACCAGGUGGGUGGAGCUAAGCGUGCAGUUUCUCUCUGCUGUGUUACUGGUGACCACUGCGUCUGCAGCUUCCAACACACAGCACCAAGGCUUUCUCUAACUGUUGCUUUCUUCGUGUGGCUUUGUGGAAAUAAAGUAUAUUUAUUACCCACA